AUGGUCGUAGGAAUAGUAGUCUGUUUGAUCCUCGUACCCCUUGUGUACCAAAGUAUGAAUUGUUACAUUGAGGACACUAGAUUUCCAAAAGUGACUCCGCGUCUCGAUGAGCUCAAAUCCUAUACUCAUAGUCCGUCUCGUUCUUCAUUACCGGCAACAGAUGUGAUCGUUAUUUUGACUACUAGUGUCCAUCGAGAAUUAAUCCUUCGACUAAUGCUUUUCGAUGAAAAGUUUGCUGACAACUUCACGACACCUUUAAUGAUUGUGCAUAGCGGUCUUCCAACACAGAGCAGUUUAAAACGUCUUACACAUUUUAUCCAACGACCGAUCAUAUUUCUUCGAAUUGAUCGCAUUUUUGAAAUGUUUCCAGCCAACUUCGAUCCAUGCCGUACAAAGGCCACUUGGUCCACUCGAGGCAAGUGGAACUAUCAAUUGAUGAUUCGAUUUUGGACAAAGAUCGUUUUCGAACUACCUCAACUACAGCAAUAUGACUAUAUGAUGAGACUUGAUGACGAUUCACAAAUAAUGAACAAGUGGUUGAAUGUUUUCGAUGAAAUGCGUCGUACACAUGCAGUUUAUUUCGCAAAUGAUGUUGUGAUCGAGGAGGAAAGAGUGCUGCCUGGUACUCUAAAGUUAAAACCAGUGACAUUCGAGUACCAGAAGAUGAAAAAUAUCAAAGUGAAGCAGGCGGAAAUGCUUCGUCAAGCAUUCACUGAUGAGUAUGUUCUUAGUUAUGCGAACAAUUUCGAAGUAAUGCGAUUAGACUUUUUUCGACGCUCGGACGUUCGUCAAUGGAUCGAGAUGAUUGAUCAAACUCAUGGCAUUUUUAAGUAUCGAUGGGGCGAUGCUGUUAUACGAUAUCUAACCAUUGCCUUAUUUACAGAAGAACACGAAGUGUUGCAUCGCUCCCAAUAUAACCUUUCGUAUUGUCACAGAAAAUGUGGUUUACCGACGUCAUUAAAACUGAAACUAAAGCAAUACGUGCAAUAG